AUGACCCAGCCAGAGGUAAGCCCUCCUGGUCCCAAGGCCAACGCCGUCGUCGGUCCAAUCGUCCUGCGUGGUCUUCAGUACCAAUCCAGAACAUGCGCACUCGAGCGGUUAGAGUUCUCGACUUGCCGAGUACUCGAGCAACUACCCGUGGAUAGAAAGUUGCACGAGGGAGUGCCUAAUCAGCCGAGGCCUGUGCCCAACGCCAUCUACGCCGCGGUGCCCUUCCAGCCUUUGUCGAAGCCUCAGACUGUUUGCAUCUCGCCAAGUGCAUUCCGAUUGCUGGGAGUUUUCCAUGGCAUUGAUUAUGACGAGUUGGAUGAGGCAUUCGCUGAGUACAUCUCCGGCUCGCGGCGAAUACCGGGCUCGCCGGGACCAGCAGCACACGUUUACUGUGGUCACCAAUUCGGUUACUUCUCAGGGCAGCUCGGCGACGGCGCUGCCAUGCUCCUAGGCGAGGUGAAUGGUAUCGAGAUCCAACUGAAGGGGUCGGGCAAAACGCCUUUCUCUCGAUCAGCCGACGGCCGCAAGGUCCUACGCUCGACCAUCAGAGAGUUCCUCUGCAGUGAACAUAUGCAUGCACUUGGCAUUCCCACGACACGCGCCGCUGCUGUGAGUGUUAGUUUUGAAGACCAAGUCAUCAGAGACAUCAAUUACGAUGGCAAUGCGAAGCUCGAGCCGACUGCUGUCGUUGUUCGUCUGGCAGAAACCUUCCUGAGAUUUGGAUCAUUCGAGAUCUUCAAAUCGACUGACUCCAUCACAGGCCGUGGUGGUCCAAGUGCUGGAGACACCGCUUUACUACAGAAGCUUGUGGAUUUCGUUAUCAACAACUACUAUGAGGCCGAGUGCGCCGACAUAGAGGAGACAUCCGUUGAGAAAAAAUGCGAGCAGUUCUUCCAAGCUGUAGUCGAGAGGACCGCGAAGUUGGUCGCAAAAUGGCAAUGCGUUGGAUUUUGUCAUGGUGUGCUGAAUACCGAUAAUAUGUCGAUCGUGGGGGAUACUAUUGAUUAUGGCCCUUAUGGAUUCGUUGAAGCCUUCCAGAGAGACUACAUCUGCAACACUAGUGACACGGGAGGCCGAUACACCUAUGAGGCUCAACCUAGGAUUUGCCUCUGGAAUUGCACCAAACUAGCUGAGGCCUUGGCGCCCAUACUUGACCCUGAAAAGUCAACGGACAUACUGAGGAGUACGUAUGGGAGAGUUUUCAUGAAAGAGUAUAAGCGCUUGAUGGCGAUGAAGCUCGGCUUGGUUGAGGAGCGCGAAGGUGACAGCGACCUCGUUGAACGCCUUCUGGACACUAUGGAGAAUACGGCUGCAGACUUCACCAAUACCUUUAGAGCGCUUUCUACGGUCAAAGUCGAUGGAGACGAUACUGAUUAUGGGGAUGCAAUUGAGAGAAUAAUUGAGUCGUGCCUGGUUCCCGAAGAGCUAGCAGCGCGCAUCAAGGUGCCUGUGCGACCCGAGGUGCUGGCUCAACUCAAACUGGUGAAUCCACAAACGCUGCCGCUCUAUGGGAUCGAUGAAGGAGCUCUCCGGAGAUGGGAAGAGGAACUCGACAAGAAGCGCCAGUAUUUGAACAUGGACGAGAGCACGAAGCGUGAAUCAGAUCGCGAGGCAUGGUCAAAAUGGUUGGAAUCGUAUGUUCGGAGACUAAUAGCAGAAACUGGACGUAGAUCUGAUAAAGACCGCUCUGAUCAUAUGAAUCGAGUGAAUCCAAAGGUGGUGUUGCGGAAUCAUUUGGCGCAAAAGGUCAUCGACGCCGCUGAGGAAGGCAACUUCGCGCCGGUUCGGGAGCUCCUCCAAGUUUUGGUCGAUCCGUUCAGUGAGAAGAUCCCAGAAGAGUUCACAAAGCCCCCGCCGCCUGGAGCGAAGGGUCUUGCUGUUAGCUGAUCUUCAUAGUGCGCUUUGUCCCAUAAGUAUUAUCAGUACACGAAUGAUGCAAUCGAGGUCAAUGCCUUGGCAGUCUCGGUUGUGGACAUGUGUUACAACAUCA